AUGGCCCCGGCCGGGCCCGGGCCGCGGGGCGGUGCAGGGGGCGGGGACGGCGCCGCUUCCCCUGCCGGCCCGGGCAUGGCGCUGGGCGCGGAGCAGGUGGCGUUCAUCGGGCAGGUGUUCGAGUCCUACGUGCUGCAGCACCACCGCGACGAGCUGCUGGCCAUCCUGAGGGAGCGCGACGCCGAGGCGCACUACGCUGUCGUCGUCGACGCCUUGACGCUCUUCGAGACCAACAUGGAGAUCGGCGAGUACUUCAACGCCUUCCCCGCCCGCGUGCUCCCCAUCUUCGACAGCGCCCUGCGCCGGGCGGCCCUCACCGCCCUGCAGGCCGCCGAGCCCGCGCCGGGGCUCUGCGUGAAGACCAACCUCCACGCCAGGAUUUCGGGUUUGCCCGUUUGCCCAGAGCUGACCCGAGAGCACAUUCCUAAAGCCAGGGAUGUGGGUCACUUCUUGUCUGUUACUGGCACUGUCAUACGUACCAGUCUGGUGAAGGUCCUGGAGUUUGAACGGAGUUACAUCUGCGAUAAAUGCAAGCACGUGUUCGUUGUCAAGGCCGACUUUGAGCAGUACUAUGCCUUCUGUCGGCCGUCAGCCUGCCUGAAUGAAGAAGGCUGCAACUCCACCAAGUUCACUUGCCUCUCUGGAACAACCUCUUCUCCCACCAGCUGCAGAGACUACCAGGAAAUCAAAAUUCAGGAACAGGUCCAACGGCUGUCUGUUGGAAGCAUCCCGCGUUGCAUGGUGGUUGUUCUGGAAGACGACUUAGUGGACAGUUGCAAGUCUGGAGAUGACAUCACAGUGUAUGGAGUGGUAAUGCAGAGGUGGAAACCUUUCCAUCAGGAUGCACGCUGUGAUUUGGAGCUUGUUCUGAAAGCCAACUAUGUUAAAGUAAAUAAUGAGCAGCUAGCAGGGGUUAUAAUUGAUGAAGAAGUCCGCAAGGAAUUUGAAGACUUCUGGGAAAAGCAUAGGAAUGAUCCCUUGGCAGGGAGGAAUGAAAUUUUGGCUAGCUUAUGCCCUCAAGUGUUUGGAUUGUACCUGGUGAAGUUGGCUGUAGCCAUGGUGCUUGCUGGUGGUGUGCAGAGGAUCGAUGCUACUGGAACCCGAAUCAGAGGUGAAUCGCAUCUUUUGUUGGUUGGAGACCCAGGUACAGGGAAAUCUCAGUUUCUCAAGUAUGCAGUAAAGAUUACACCCCGGUCUGUGCUCACUGCAGGAAUUGGAUCUACCAGUGCAGGUUUGACAGUGACUGCUGUGAAGGACUGUGGGGAGUGGAACUUGGAAGCUGGUGCGCUGGUGCUUGCAGAUAGCGGCCUGUGUUGCAUUGAUGAGUUCAACAGUAUCAAAGAGCAUGACAGAACCAGUAUCCAUGAAGCAAUGGAGCAACAAACCAUCAGCGUAGCAAAGGCAGGCUUGGUAUGCAAGCUUAAUACAAGGACAACAAUACUGGCAGCAACAAACCCCAAAGGUCAUUAUGACCCUAACGAGUCUGUCUCCGUCAACAUAGCUCUUGGCAGUCCCCUGCUGAGCAGAUUUGACCUGGUCUUAGUAUUGUUAGAUACAAAGAAUGAGGAGUGGGACCGCAUCAUUUCAUCUUUCAUCUUGCAAAAUAAAGGUUGCCCUAGCAAAUCAGAAAAGCUGUGGAGCAUGGAAAAGAUGAAAACCUACUUCUGCCUUAUAAAAAGUAUACAGCCCAAACUGUCUGAUGAGAGCAACCUGAUCCUUGUACGCUAUUACCAAAUGCAGCGUCAGAGUGACUGCCGAAAUGCUGCCCGAACUACCAUUCGCUUAUUGGAGAGUUUGAUACGCCUUGCGGAAGCUCAUGCCCGGUUGAUGUUUAGGGAUACUGUGACUUUGGAAGAUGCUGUGACGGUGGUAUCGGUGAUGGAAUCUUCUAUGCAGGGGGGUGCACUUCUUGGAGCCAUCAAUGCCUUGCACACCUCCUUCCCAGAGAAUCCAAUGGCGCAGUACCGAGCACAGUGUGAACUCAUCCUGGAGCGGCUGGAGCUGCAGGAUCUUCUGCACAAGGAGCUGCAAAGACUUGACAGAUUACAAAAAGAAAACUCUUCCCAGGUGCAACCUGAAGAAACAAGUUUUGGUACUCCUACAGGAUGCUUGGACAAGGAUACAUUUGAGUCAAAGCAAAUGUCUCAGUCAGAGCCUUCAAAUCAACAAAUGAGUAACUCCAAGCCACAGCCCUCUUUACCCAAAGGCAAUGGUGAAGGGGAAAUACAUCUAGAACCCUUAGGCAACCCAGCACCUGAUAAUAACAAAGGUACAAACCACUUGAUGAAACACAGUAAAAGAGCUGAUGGCAGCCUGGCAUGGUUCGACAGCCUGGAAGACAGCAACACUGAUGCUGAAGAAACUUUUCAGAAAAAGUCUCCACUACCCAAGAUAAUCCCAGAUAAAUUGUCUUCAAAAGCCUCGUGCAAUACCUCCUGCUCAGAAGGAGGAGGUUCUUCAAUCCUAAGGAAGGGAAAUGGGGCGAGAGAAUCACAAUCAACUGUGAAUCUACAUGCUCAUUUGGGACAGGACAAAGCUUCCAAGAUAAGCAGGAAAAGGACCGAAGAACAGGAAUGUUUUUCUUCAGGAGCAAAUACUCAAGACCCAGCAUCACCAAGUGCUGAUGUGCAGGAUUCAGUUAUUACACAGCGGGUUUCUAAAAGGUGGCAGAGACUUCACACAGAGAGAUCACACGGAUUCUUCACAAGCACACAGGACCCUGAGGCAAAGGCCCUUCCCCCAGCGUUACCUGCAUCUGGCCUGCUAGAUCUUUCAAGUGAUACAGACUCCGUGUUAGGGGAGGAAAAGAGCAGUGUAUCUGCAGCAGCCAAAAAUGCAACAAUUUCCAUAAGGAAACGAAGUAAAGAUCAAGUAGAGAAGGAAGCAAAGGUAGUAAGCUCCCAUGAGCCAGAAAUCAUUGACAGUGAAAGUCCUCCAGCAGCUAAACUAGCUAAAUUCUCUUUCAGACCAAGGACAAAACUUGAUCAUUCUUCCGAGAAGAAAAAUGCAGAAUUUUCUCUUUUUCAGAGUGAAAAUAUUACUAAGCCUGGAGAGCAGCAGCCAGAAGAAUGCUGCCCCCCUGAGAAACGCAAGAUGACAUUGAGCCGCUUAGGAAGAAAGAGUAUGGAAAAGCGACCAGUCGAUAAUAAGGGGAAUGAAGAUCAGCAGAGUCAGGCCUUGGAGAAAGAGAUCAGAGGAAAUGCAGCGGUACGUCCUGAUGUCAGCUUCAGUGCUGUGUUAUCUCCACCCACUGAAAAAGGAAGGGAGGGAGGGGAAAAGCUUGGUGGCCCAAGCACAGAGAGGGUGUGCUCAGGCACGUUAGAAAAACUGUCCAGGUUCUGCUUUGCAUCACGUCCUGACUCAAAAUCAGAAACUCCACCUACUGUUAAGAAUGAUGCUAGCAACAAGGGAAGUCACAGCCCGUUGCUGCAGGUGCACGUGAGCAAUCCGAGCAAAAGGAAGAGCUUUGCACUGGGAAAUGCUGGUAAAGCACGUGUCGUCACCCAGAAAUCCCUCUUCUCGAUAGCAGAGCUAGAUGAUGCUGCAUUAGAUUUUGAUUGGGAUGAAGAGGUUAGGAAAAAUCCAAGCUUGUAACGUGGAUAUCCUCCAAAUUUCUUAAGGUGUGGCUGUUUUGACUCUCCAUCCUUCUAUCAAUCAUAUCAGCAGCAUCUGUAGUUUACAAAGCAUUUAAAAAUAAUCAUUCUGGACCUCUGUGGGUACCAAUAAACACAUGUCCUUUACGGGCUGCAUACUUCACACCAGCUGAAGUCUGCAUAUACUGCAGGCCUGAUGUUACUUUCGGUUUUUCUAAACUUCCCAAGACUGCUUAUGUCAGUUGAUCUUUCUGAUUAACCUGAAGACUCACACGGUUAUGUUCAUGUAAACAGAGUACAGCAACACCUGCAGAGGAGCAGGUUUAAUUGACUGUUGUCCUUUAUUUUGUGUAACAAUUGGAACUAUGUAUGUGAUCCAGAUUGUCCUUAUAAAUGACCAUGCCACUUUAGAAAAAUGAUGAUGCUGAAGCUAUGCUAUUAUGUUUUGUUUAUCUAUCUAUAAGGUUUGUUUUCAGUGCAGUAGCAAUGUUGUAAUUUCUCAUCAUGCUCUGGUGAGUAUUCCCAUAUUAUCAGUAUCAUGACAAUUUUGCUACAUGUCUGGUUACUGCACUCCUUGCCACACAGCUGAUGUUGAAGACAUGUAUCUAGGGCUUUUUGUUUCUCAUUUGUUUUUUUUCUUUUCUUUUUUUUUUUUAAUUUUAUUUCAGUUUUAAAUACACUGGUUGAGAUAUCCGUGUC